UCCUCAGGUGUACCCUAACGGACCUACAUGAGGUAAAUAGGAGGGGCGAGGAUGAAGGAGAAGAGCAAGAACGCUGCAAGAAGCAGACGGGAGAAAGAGAACGCAGAGUUCCUGGAGCUGGCCAAGCUGCUGCCUCUGCCGGCUGCUAUCACCUCACAACUUGAUAAAGCUUCAAUCAUCCGGCUCACAACCAGCUACCUCAAGAUGAGGCACGUGUUUCCUGACGGUCUUGGAGACGCCUGGGGAGCGGCGCCCCCACAGAACAACCCCAGAGAAGCAGCUAUUAAGGAACUGGGCUCACAUCUUCUACAGACUCUGGACGGGUUUAUCUUCGUGGUGGCUCCUGACGGCAAGAUUAUGUAUAUAUCUGAGACGGCUUCCGUACACCUGGGCUUGUCACAGGUGGAGUUAACGGGCAACAGUAUAUUUGAGUAUAUCCAUCCAGCAGACCACGAGGAGAUGACAGCAGUGCUCAACCUCGCCCCUCAACCCGUGCCUCACUCUCCCUAUGUUAGGCAGGACGAAGAGAUAGAACGAACCUUCUUUAUACGCAUGAAGUGUGUGUUAGCAAAGAGGAACGCUGGUCUGACUACGGGAGGAUACAAGGUGAUCCACUGCUCCGGGUACCUGAAGAUCAAGCAUUAUACUCUGGACAUGGCCCCUUACGACAGCUGCUACCAGAACGUGGGUUUGGUGGCCGUGGGUCACUCUCUACCACCCUCCGCCAUCACAGAGAUCAAGAUGCACUCCAAUAUGUUUAUGUUCAGAGCCUCGCUCGACCUUAAACUCAUCUUCCUCGACGCCAGAGUGGGAGUGCUUACAGGGUUCGAGCCUCAGGACCUGAUAGAGAAGACACUGUACCAGUACAUCCACGGCUGUGACAUGAUCCAUAUGAGGUUCUCACAUCACAUGUUGCUGAUGAAGGGACAGGUUACUACAAAAUACUACAGGUUCCUGACGCGUGAUGGAGGCUGGGUGUGGGUACAGACCUACGCCACAAUAGUACAUAAUUCUCGCUCCUCCAGACCCCACUGUAUUGUCGCUGUCAACUACGUCAUCAGUGAGGUGGAGGUGAGGGAGGGUCGCUUGUCGUGGGAACAGGUGGGUGGGGGUCGUGGGGAGGAGGGGGGCAGCUGGGGUGAAGCAGGGGGGAUGAAAGGCAUGGGUGGGGGGUUAAAGUGCCGCACCUCCCCCUACCCCUCCCCCGCCCCCACUGACCCCCUCCAUGAGGUGCUGGAGGGGCCAGGAGCUGCAGCCAUCCAUUACUCCCCCUCCCUGGGCCCCCCACCCCUGGCCGCACCCCCCACCCCCUACCCGGACCCCCGCCUGGCCUGCUACCCCCCCGCCUACGACGUCUACGACGAGAGGUACGUCAGAGGGGAGACCCAGCAGUAUGCGGGCUGCAGCGCCCCCCUGGAGGGGUUGAGUGGGGGCGCCGCCCCCUCCUGCCACUACAAGAGCAACAGUGGGUACGAGGAACGACCCUGGAGUCAGGGGUCAGGCAGCAGCUCCGCUUCGGACGACCCCAGACACGACUAUACUACACCUGCCAACACCACCACCCCUGCCACGCCCACCCUCACCACGCCCAUGUACCCACUGCACGACUACUACGCCCACGACAAAUUCUAUGCCACUGACAAGCUGCAGUACGCCGCAGCUGCGGCUGCCGCAGCCGCAGACAAGACGCAGUACACAGAUAAGCUUCAGUAUUCAGAUAAGCUUCAGUAUGCGGGCGUGGGCGGCACGGGCGGCACGGGCGGUACGGGCGGCAGCUGUGUGAGGGGAGUAUACAGCUACGUGGAUGCCGCACUCAGCACGCCCACAGAAGCCGCAGCCGCAGCCAUGACGAGCAAGACGCACGUCCUGCCGCAGCCUGGCUACACGUCAGUCAUCGUAGACACGCAGCAGUACUACGCUCAAAACGAGUUUGUGCACUAGACACCUCCCCAACCAUCCCCACACCUCCCCAACCAUCCCCACACCUCCCGAACCUUCCCCACACCUCCCUAACCCAUCUCACACCUCAAACCAUCCUCACACCUCCCCAGCCCUUCCCACACUCCCAAACCAUCCCCACACCUCCCCACACCUCCCCAACCCUCUACACCUC